UAUGUCUGUGAAUUCGAGACCGCAAGAGGCAAGACUGAUCUUUGGCUGUGAAAGCGUGUGCCGCGUCGGGUCGAGGAAUGUAUUGAGGUGUGUUCGACAGCUGCCAAAAUGCUUGAUGUUCCUGUGUUCACAGACUUAUCGCUUGAUGAUCAAGCACAAGAGCUCAGAGUCUAUUUCAAAUCACUGGGUGCUGAAAUAUCGGAGGAAAAAUCUCCUAAAGGGAUAGAAGAUGAUCUGCACAAGAUAAUAGGAGUAUGUGAUGCUUGUUUCAAAGAAGGGAAUGAAUCAGAAAUAGAAACUAUUCUUAAUGGAAUAGUUUCAAUGCUUGUUUUGAUUCCUGUUGAAAGAGUGGACAAUCUCAUAUUGGCUUUCUGUGAAAAACUGACUAAGGCACCAGGUCACAAAUUGGGAAUGGUCUCAUUAAGAGUAGGGUGGUUAAUGUUUCAGUCACUAGAUGCAUGUAGUCCCAUGCGCUAUCAUGUUUACUACCAUCUGGUUCAGGUUGCCAAACAGGUUGACCAAGUGCAUGCAAUCUUUCGGGACAUGGACCAGUUACGGCAGCAGUUUGAGAGGUGUCCACCAUCCAAUGAACAGAUGCAGAAACUUUUGCGACUUCUCCAUGAGGUGCUACUUGAAUGCAAGCAAAGUGAACAAGCAGCAAAAGUAAUGGUGGAACUUUUGGGCACAUACACAGCUGAAAAUGCAUCACAAGCUCGUGAUGAUGCUCAACGGUGUAUUCUGGCUGCACUUGCCGAUCCCAAUACGUUCCUGCUGGAUCCUCUGCUUGCCUUAAAACCAGUAAGGUUUCUUGAAGGACAACUUAUACAUGACCUGCUAUCCAUAUUUGUAUCAGAAAAGCUCCCAAGCUACUUACAUUUUUACCAAAAUCAUCGAGAAUUUGUUCACAAUCUAGGUUUGAAUCAUGAACAAAACAUGAAAAAGAUGCGGCUAUUGACUUUCAUGCAGCUGGCUGAGGGACAAUCGGAGAUGACUUUUGACACUAUUCAGCAAGAACUUCAGCUUGGUGAGAAUGAGGUGGAAAGUUUCAUCAUUGAUGUUCUCAAAACCAAACUUGUAAGAGCACGAAUGGAUCAGGCAGCCAGAAAAGUCUUCAUAUCCAGCACAAUGCACCGCACAUUUGGUCGAGCACAGUGGCAACAGCUGAGAGAUUUACUUUAUUCUUGGAAGAGCAAUUUACAAGUGAUGCAAGAGGGCAUGAAGUCUAUUGCUUCUGCACAGAUGGAAAUGAUGGUACGGCAGCAGUGAAAAGUUUAAAGAAAGAAAGUGUGAUAAAACCAUUUUGUAAAUUAGAACAAUUGAGAAUUUAUAAUUUAAGUUUUUUCCUUGUGCACAUUGUUGUUUGCUCUAACAUAUGUAUAUUGCAAAUAAAAGUGAUACAAGGCA